AUGGACACAACAAACAGCACCUUGGAUCAGGCCCGAUGCGCCGGGCAGGGCACGACUCCUGCUCUCAAUUAUCCAAACUUCUGCGCCAUCAACAUCUGGCAAGGAGGAUCGAAUUUUACGGAUGAUCCAUACGCUGCCUUGCAGAGCUGUUGCCCUACCGAUGCAUACAGCUACUACGGUCCGGAUAACUGUUUUGCGUACUGCAAUGCAACCAAGGAGACCUUUUCCAGCCUUGAAAACUGUCUUUUGCACCCUUCGAAAUUCAGCGCAGUCAUGUGCAAUUCUGGCAGCGCUGUUGGGCCGACGCGGAUAACGGCGUACUUUGUGUUGGCGGUGGUUGUUACUGGGCUUUGGCAGGUUUGA